CCCGCCAAAUUAUUUUUACCUGAGUUCUUGUGAACAACGGCUAUCGAGCUUGCGGAAACGCACAAACCUGCUCGCGCUCUGAGCGCUCUAGGAACGCUUUUGCCUUAUCGACUGCACUAGGAACGCUUUAAUUAUCGACUGCAUUAUCUAGCAUCCAUUCUGAACCUGCAACGAGCCAUGGACUAGUUUACACGCCUCGGCCCCGGCGCCUGGCCAUGUUUUCGUGUCGCAAGGGGCUACAGCCCCCUUGCUUGCUGCCUGCUGCGCUGCUGGCUGUGCUGCUGCUCCUGGGCAGCGCCGAGGGCCAGUCAGAGUCGCCGGCUCUCAGCCUGGCGUCCGUUCCAGCAUGGGACGACCCCUCAGUAGCGUUGAUUUCUACUGGUUUGGAGCUGGCGGACGCUCUCGCUAAUCCCAAUAAAACCUGGGCGAUUCUCACGAAGGACGUCGUCGUCACCGACUCUGACUUCUCAGCCUAUGCCCAGCCUAUACCUCGCAUAUCAAAUUUUACUAUCACUGGCAAUCAGACGUUGAACCAGGCCUCAUACCCUGUCCUCGGUCUGGGCUUCGUCAAGGCAAAGAUUCGCCUGGAGAAUGCCACUGCACUGAUCCUCCAGUAUGUGGUGCUGCGCGACUUCCGCGCGACGCCGCUGGGGCAGUCGCCCGGCUUCGACUUGGUGGCCUCUUCCACAACGGAGGCGGGCGCUAUGGUGCUUAUGCAGGAGUCAGUGAUGAUGCUCCGCAUCUGUGUCCCCCGGAAUAUUCAGGGCGAGAUCAUGUCGUCUAUACCACGGCCGCCCGGAUUACCGGGCACCCAGAUAUCCCUUUAUAACAAGACACAGGCGGGCUGCACAAACAACACUGCUGCCGCGCCUGUGCUGCGCUGCUGGCCCGAUUUGGGCGAGUAUGUGGACGUGGCGGUGGCGGGUUUCGACAUCGAUGCGUUUGGGCGCGCCACAGCAACGCGGUACACGCUGUACAUGGUCCAUGUGCCAUACCUGUGCGAGCGGCAGAUGACGGACGAGUGUGUGGCGGCUCUGGGGCCGCUGGGCUGCUUCCUUUACAUGUUUCCCCGAACGCCCAUCAACACACCGCCGACAGCGUCACCAGCACCGUCAGCGCCAAAGCCUGUAUCACCAACACCGGCGCCGAACAGCUCUAACACAGCCUUGCCUGCAAUCAUUGCUGGAGUCGUCGGCGGUGUGGUUCUCGUUUCAGUCGUUGGACUUGGCGCAUGGCUAAUAGUGCGUCGUAAGCGCCAACGACAGGAGGCUGAGAGGAAAGCGGCGUAUGAAGAAGCAAAGGUGAAAGCAGCGCAGGUGGAGGCAGAGGCGAAAGCUAAGGCCCAGGCAAACGGCAAGUUCCCUGGACCGGGCGGCUCAGGCCCCGCAGGUGGAUCACCGCCAGUCAGCACUGGCGGCCCGCCGUCUUCCAAUGCGGCGGCCAAAGUAGCGGCCGGUGGCACCGGCUCGGGUGCAGGCUCGCUGCCGCCAAACCAGCAGUCCGCCGGGCGCAAUAUCAUCCUGCCCAGUGGCGUAGGCACAUGCGUCCUGAGCAGCACAGCGGACGUGGACGCCAGCAGCCCCCUGGUCAUUGUGACGCCGUUCACGCCGCACCGUUCGGACCUUAAGCUCGACGUGCAAUGCGAUACAGAGGUCAAGCUUCUGCCCGUCAUCCGUGGCAAGGGAAGCUACGGCCGCGUGGUUGAGGGUCUGUACGGCGGACAGCGCGUGGCGGUGAAGCUGGUCGUGGAUGUGGACGAGUGGAGUGGGCCGACCGAUUCGCUGGUCAGCAGCUUUGCUCAGGAAGUCGAGGUCCUGGGAAGAUGCCAGCACCCGAACAUUGUGCGGCUGCUUGCCGCUUGCCUAAAGCCGCCCAGGCUAUGCCUGGUGAUGGAGCUGAUGGACACGUCGCUGGAGCGACUGGUGCACGGCAAGCCAGGCGAGCUGCUACCACUGCCCACGGUGCUACACGUCGCCGCCGACAUCGCGCGAGGCUUGGCGUACUUGCACCCCACCAUUGUGCAUCGCGACCUGAAGCCCGGUAACGUGUUGCUGUCCAACACGGAGUGCAUGCGACCAAUCGCCAAGCUGACGGAUUUUGGACUGUCGCGGCUCCGCAGCACCGUGCUUGUGACGCGCCACCCGGAGGCUGGCACGCCCGCAUACAUGGCUCCCGAGGCGUUCGAUGCGAGCAAUUACGUCAUCACGCACAAGGCAGACAUCUAUGCACUAGGUGUAAUCCUGUGGGAGAUGCUCACCGGUAGCGUGCCGUGGGAGGGCUGCAGCAUGGUGGCCAUCGCGUACUCGAUCACGGUGCGCCACCACCGCCUGCCGCUGAGCAAGCUGGACGCCAACCGGUGUCCACCCAAGCUGCGAAAGCUCAUCCACCAGUGCUGGGACCCCGACCCGCAACGCCGCCCCGCGGCUGCGGAGCUGGUCAAGCAACUGACGCUGGUGCUGCAGCUUGUCCAAGGAGAGCAGGACGCGCCUAUCUCGGCAGGGUCGCUUGGGAGGCCAGGCGCCAUCGGCGGCCAGAUGGGGAGCGGGGGAGGGCAGGGGUUCCAGGCAGGUGGCAAGGCCCCCGGGCGAAUGGGCAGCGGUGGAGGCCCUAACGCUGGGCAGGGACCGGCUCGGAGUGGCAGCGGCGGCCCAGGGACGGAUGGAUCGUCUAUUUCCUCAGCCCAGGCAGGGAGCUCCCGCACGUCCGGCAAGGGAGUACCCGGCCAGCACGGGCCCAACAUGGUCAUGCCGAGCCCCGCUGCGGCAUUGCAGGCACAGGCGCAAGUCCAGAUGCAGGCGCAGGCCCAGGCCCAGCAGCAGGCGCAGGCCCAGCAGCAGGCGCAGGCUCAGCAGCAGGCGCAGGCUCAAGCUCAUUCACAGGCUCAGCAGCAGGCGCAGGCUCUGCAGGGCCAGCCAGCGCAGCAGGUCACAGGCGGCUCACGUGAGGUUCCUCAGUCCGGGCCUGCUGGACCAGCAUCGGCAGGAGGCGCGAAUUCGCCUGGCGCAGGCAGCGGAACUCCUGUCAAGCCCGGUGCGGCCACAGACGCAGCCCUAGUAUAAGAUCUGAGGAUGUUUUCGUUUUUGUUCUGCACGAUUGUGGAUGCGGGGGUGGCGCAGCGGCCGUCAUGGUCGCCGUGCAAUCAAUGCUCAGGUGCCGACAGGCAAUGCAUUGUAGGUGGUGGACUCGAAGGUGCAUGACGGCAUGGCAAUACUGACCUACUCGAAGCAGGCGCGCACGUGGGGUCGUCGUGAUGGAAUGUUGCCUGCACUGUGGUACCGAAACACUUUUCCUGGUUCGUUCUUGGUUCUGAUGCUGGGCAGCGGUGGUAGUUUUCUUAUACAUGUCUGGACGUGACUGGACGCAUGGCCGUGCCUGUACGAAUCGACCCCGGCUAUGUCCGGGAGGUGAGGUAGACGCUUGCGGCCUCAGACUGGAGACGUGGCGUGGGCUCAAGCCACUCCUCCAUUGCGAGGCAAACCACCAUCUCAAAACUGACAGCUGGACGUGGCUAGACGCAUGGCAGGCCGUACCUGUACAAAAUGACCCCGGCUAUGUCUGGGAGAUGACAUGAUGCUUGCGGCCGCAGAUUGGCGACGUGGCGUGGGCUCAGCCCACUUUUCCCUUGCGAGAGAAAACCACCUUUCUUGUCUCAAACAUAGCCUAUUAUUUCAUUGCGCAUGUGCCACGUGUUAAGCACACGGGAAUGAACGAUCAUUAGGACGUGGGGCAAUGCGUGUGCUUGCGGCAGUGCGUGUGCUUGUGGCAAUUCGUGUAAAGAAUUGGAAUU